AUAAUUAUUACGAGUAUUGUAUUUUCUAAGCCACAUAAAUAGUGUGAUUAGAUUAGGACGGUGCUCAGAGUUUUGGGUCAAGUCUCUAAGUCUUUGUAACAAAAUGCCAAAAAAAAAAAAAAAAAAAAAAAAAGUCUUUGCAUGUUCCAUAACAUUCAUAGCACGCUAAAAAAAAAAAACAAAAAAAAAAACUUAUCAUUUCAUGGUUCAACACACAUAAAUUUCUGUAAAUUAACUAUACAUAUACACAAAAUAGAAACACAUAUAUAAUUUUCCUAUAUUUCAUGGCUUCCUAUUGCUUUCUUCUACACUUUUCCUACAUAACUUUGGUUAUUUUCUUAACCUUUUCGUUGUGUAAUGGCCAAUCUCCACAAUAUGCAGCAUGUUCUUUAAAAUUCUCAUGUGGGAAGAUCCGGAAUAUUGGGUACCCAUUUUGGGGAGACAAUAGGCCCAGUUUUUGUGGGGAUCCAAAUUUGAAGCUCCUUUGUCGCAACAAUUCAAAGUACCCUGUGCUGAAUGUAUUUCAAGGUCAUGUCCAUGACUACGCCAAGUUAAGUGUUCGUCGCAUUAACAUGUCUUCCCGCACCAUGGUUUUAUCCCAAUAUGAGCUACUCGGUCAUUGCUAUUCAGAUUCGAGUAAUAGAGCGUUAUCUUACUCCACAUUAUUGAAGCCAUUAAGUGGUUGUAGCAAUAUAAGAUUAUUCUAUAAUUGCAAAAACUGUAGUGUGUACAACACUCACCACAACUCUUUUAGUUGCAAUAAAAACAACAUCGAUUAUGUUGGUAAUAACAACUCCUUUGAUACUGCUUAUUACUUUGGUAAAAACAAGUCGUGCACUUGUAGCAACAAUUUUACUUUUGUGGUGGAUACAAAAGUGUUGGAUGAACUUAAAAACACAGAUGCCUCUCUGUUAACUAUCUUUAAAAAGAAUCCAACAAUUAAUUUAGAGUACACCGCGAACUUCACAGCUUGUUCCAAGUGCGAAGAGUCUGGUGGCAGAUGCGGAUCAUCAGGAAAUCUAUCUGAGGAUAAGUUUGUGUGUUAUUGCCGAGAUGGAUAUCAUCAGUCACUCGUGUGUCCAAAACCAGAGAACAAGGAUAUUGGUAUAGCUAAUCGUCAAAAGAAAAAGAAAGAUUUUGUCAUAGGCAUUGGAGGAGGUUUACUUGUUCUUGUACUAAUAUGCAUAGCCAUUUGGUACCGGAAUAAGAAGAUGUCUGAUCACUUGAAGUUCAGAACCCGGAGUGCCUCUCUUGACAGUAAUGCAUCAGACGUCGAAUUUGGAAGCAAAUUCUUUGGCGUGCCACUCUUCUCCUAUAAUCAACUUGUAGAGGCCACUGCAGAUUUUGAUCAAUCCAAUGAACUUGGCAGUGGUGGCUUUGGAACUGUUUAUUAUGGGAAGCUAAAAGACGGAAGAGAAGUAGCGGUAAAACGCCUUUAUGAGAAGAACUACAAAAUAUUAGAACAGUUCAUUAACGAAAUUCAAAUACUUACUCGUUUGAGGAACAAUAACCUUGUGUUACUUCACGGCUGCACUUCCCAUCACAGCAGGGAACUCCUCCUUGUAUACGAGUACGUGGAAAAUGGGACGGUAGCUGAUCACCUGUAUGGCGAAAACACAAAAUCAGGAUUCCUUCCAUGGCCUGUUCGACUAAGAAUAGCAAUCGAAACAGCCACUGCACUCUCCUACCUCCAUGCUUCAGACAUCAUACACCGCGAUGUUAAAACUAACAACAUUCUCCUUGACAGCAACUUCAGUGUCAAAGUUGCUGAUUUCGGGCUAUCUAGACUCUUCCCAACUGAUAAAACUCAUGUUUCAACAGUACCACAGGGGACUCCAGGGUACUUAGACCCGGAGUAUCAUCAGUGCUAUCAGCUGACAAAUAAGAGUGAUGUUUACAGCUUCGGAGUAGUCCUCAUUGAACUCAUCUCUUCCUUGCCUGCAGUUGACAUGGAAAGACACAGACUCGAGAUCAACCUGUCUAACUACGCAAUGGACAGAAUCCAACGUUGUGCAUUCGAUGAGUUAGUAGAUCCAAAACUUGGGUUUACAUCAGAUUUCAAGGUUCGAAGGAUGACUAUUUUGGUGGCAGAACUCGCGUUCCAGUGUCUGCAGCAUGAUAAGGAAUUCAGGCCAUCGAUGGAUGAGGUUUUAGAGGUUCUAAAGAAGAUUGAAACCGCGGAUUAUGAAGCAUUGCAGGCAGAAGAUAUGACUAAUAAUGCUGCAGAGGAAGUUGUGAAAAUGCACAAUAUUAACCCACCAUUGUCUUCCCCUACAGAAGAUGAUCAUGCGCAGCUGUUGAGUAAUCAUCAUCUAAAUCUGUCUUCACCGAUCUCAGUGAUAGAUAAAUGGAAAGCAGCUUUAAAUUAUACGGGUGCACAAGGCAACAUCAACUAUAGUGGUUAAGGCGUUGCGCCUAAUGACAUAUCGCCAUUAUUUUUGUUAAAUUCUAGUGAAUAUAUGUUCUAUUAGGAAGAGACAUUGCAAAAUCCCCUCAAAUUCAAUUAAAUGUAACCUUUUGAGUUAUUAUUUUAACCGUUCACGUACAAACUUUGACCUUAUUCUCUAAAAAAUAUGAGUAUCUUCGCAAAUAUAUA